AAACAUUUGCUUAUCAAUUUUCUAAAAAAGUCACAUCUUUGUUUAGAGCGAAAUCUGCACAGACUUCUUCCACUGAUUGAAUUUAAUACCACACCAUGUAUAGAACAUUAAAAAUAUUCCAAUAUUUUUAAUACUGUGGUCUCUGACUGGAGGAGGAUGUCAAUUUAGCUGAGGUCCAAGGCCAGACAGUAAGCAACCACUAUUGACGUCCUCAAGACCUCUAAUCCAAGAUGUCGGAUGCAAGGAGUGACACCAAUGUCAACCAUGUGACGAGAACCAUCCAAGCCACCACGACAAUAACCAUAGCAAUAUGUGUUCCGAUUGCGAUAGUUGCGCUCAUCAUCUCAGCCGUCGCAAUCUCCAAACCCGCUGGCUCCGACAUUACAGUCCAGGGUAAAACGACAAGUCCUCGACAAACUCCCCAGCCUGCAGUAGCAUACUCACCCAGUACCUAUGACGCCAGCCAGUGUCAUGCUUCCAAUAGAAGGAGAAUUUACACAGUGGCCACUGAAUUCGAUGUUGGGGCUUAUGUAUAUAGUGACGACAGCGGGUUUCAAGUCGGAUUCGGUCACGACCUAAUAGGCGCAGUGUGUCAGGAGGCGGGAAUUGAUUGCAGGAUUGUCACGGAGCCUUCCACCAACUGCAUGUUUUCAGAGAAAGGGCAGCCACAGAGAGGAGGGAUAGGACUUAUGGAAGGUUGGUACGACGCCUGCACCGGAUGGCUGGCCACACGUCAACGGAAGCAGAUUUUCGCAUUUUCCAAGCCGUUUUUGAAACCAUUCGAGGUCUAUUUCUACGCCUUUCCUGGAUUUAAUCCAUUCAAUAUCACUGGAAAGAAAAUAGGACUGAUAAGCGGUUGGUUCACUAACGAAGCCUGCCUGGCCGGACUUGACCAGGUGGCUGGAAGAGACGUCCCGCACUCCAACGUUUUCCACGCCCAGACGGUUGACAAACUCCUGGCUAUGAUCCAAAUCGGCACUGUAGACGUGGGUUUUAGCAUGGGGACUGUUUUGGCCAACAAAAUCAAUGGCACUAAUAUCCAACAGUUCCCCUCAGAUCCCAUGUUCUGUAAGAAUGCCGGACCACCUGGAAUGAUGACCCGUAAAGACAAUGACUUCAACUCCAAAUGGAAUGAAGGGUUUGAAAAACUUUUCUCUUCAGGACGUUUUUUAAAAACGGCUAUGUGA